AUGACGUCGGAAAAGCCAAGCAGAAAGGACAAAAAUCAGAACAUUCAAGUGUUCGUUCGACUGAGACCACUGAAUCAGCGAGAACGAGACAUCAAGUCGCUGGGAGUGAUCGAAGUGGUAAACAACCGCGAGGUGGUCGUCCGACAGUCACAGCAGACCUCCCAUACGAAAAAGUUCACAUUUGACCGAGCUUUUGGCCCUCAUGCGAAACAGGUCGAGGUGUACCAAGAGGUGGUGAGCCCUCUGAUCGAGGAGGUCCUAGCCGGGUACAACUGCACAGUGUUCGCUUAUGGACAGACCGGCACGGGCAAGACCCACACCAUGGUGGGGGAGAAUACCGGGGACGAAACCACUUGGCAGAAUGACCCACUAGCCGGUAUAAUCCCCCGAGCCCUCAGCCAGCUAUUCGACGAGCUCCGUAUAUCAAACACGGAGUACACCGUCCGGGUGUCGUACCUGGAACUGUACAACGAAGAGCUGUUCGAUCUGCUCUCUACCUCCGAAGACAACUCCAAACUGAGGAUCUACGAAGACGUUACGAGGAAGGGAUCUAACAUUGUUAACGGCUUGGAGGAGAUUACGGUAUACAACAAAAAUGAAGUAUACAAGAUCAUGGCCCAAGGACAAGAGAGGAAGAGAGUCGCUUCUACGCUCAUGAAUGCGCAAUCUAGCCGCUCGCACACAGUGUUCACCAUCGUGGUGCACAUGAAGGAGAACAGCCCCGAGGGUGAGGAGCUCGUCAAGAUCGGCAAGCUCAAUCUGGUGGACUUGGCCGGCUCAGAGAACAUCAGCAAGGCGGGCUCCGACAACCCGGCGAAACGCGAGCGUGCACGAGAGUGCGUCAACAUCAACCAGUCGCUGCUCACUCUCGGCCGGGUCAUCACUGCGCUGGUGGAGCGCCACCCGCACAUCCCCUACCGGUCCCCGUCAACCCGGCGAGCGCGGGAGUGCGCCAACAUCAACCAGUCGCUGCUCACUCUCGGCCGGGUCAUCGCUGCGCUGGUGGAGCGCCACCCGCACAUCCCCUACCGGUCCCCGUCAACCCGGCGAGCGCGGGAGUGCGCCAACAUCAACCAGUCGCUGCUCACUCUCGGCCGGGUCAUCGCUGCGCUGGUGGAGCGCCACCCGCACAUCCCCUACCGCGAGUCCAAACUCACACGCAUCCUGCAAGAGUCCCUCGGCGGACGCACCAAGACUUCCAUCAUUGCCACCAUCUCGCCAGGACACAAGGACCUGGAGGAGACCAUGAGCACAUUAGAAUACGCUCACCGCGCCAAGAACAUCCAGAACAAGCCAGAAGUCAACCAGAAGAUGACCAAGAAGGCCAUUCUUAAAGAGUACGCCGAGGAGAUUGAUAGGUUGAAACGAGAUCUGCAGGCCGCGAGGGAUAAGAACGGUGUGUACCUAGCCAGCGAUACCUUCGCCGAGAUGACGCUCAAACAGGAGGAGCAGCGCAAGGAAAUACAGGAGCUGCUCCUCAAGAAGCGCGCCAUGGAGGAGGAGCGCGACAAGCUCGGCACCGUCUUCCAGGACAUCAACCAGAAGCUGGAGCACGCUGGACACCAGCUCAACGACACCAAGAACCAGCUACAUACGACCAAGGACAUCAACCAGAAGCUGGAGCACGCUGGAAAGCUCAGUGACGCCAAGAACCAGCUCCACACGACCAAGGCCAAGCUCGCUGACACCAACAAUGUAGAAGUCUUCCAGGACAUCAACCAGAAGCUGGAGCACGCUGGACACCAGCUCAAUGACACCAAGAACCAGCUCCAUACGACCAAGGCCAAGCUCGCUGACACCAAUAAUGACAUCAACCAGAAGCUGGAGCACGCUGGAAAGCUCAGUGACGCCAAGAACCAGCUCCACACGACCAAGGCCAAGCUCGCUGACACCAACAAUGUGCUUCAAACGACGAAGCUUCGGUUCGAGGAGCAGCGGCACCUAGUGGUCGCUCAGCAGCAGACCGAAUCGACCUUUAUCUUCGAAGUUGUCCUACUUUGUUUCUCUCCCACUUCCACAGAUGCUUCAAACGACGAAGCUUCGGUGCUGCAAACGACGAAGCUUCGGUUCGAGGAGCAACGCCACCUGGUGGUCGCUCAGCAGCAGACCGAGGCCGCGUUGGGGGCGCAGGCGCGCGCGCUUCUGGCCGCCGCCGACGCUGCAAGCAAACACGCUUCAGCGCUUCACGAUACCGUCGACAAGCGCAGGAGUGUGGAAUCAACCAACCUAGAAGUGACGCAGACAUUCCGCGCGGAGUCGGCGCAACAGCGCGAGCAAAUAGCCGCCGGCGCACAGCACUUCACCGACUCACUGCUGCAAACUCUCAACGGGCUACACUCCACGCUUGACAACUUUACUACGAAUACAGUAGAAGCACAAGACCAGAAUAAGAACAAGUUGACCGAAUUAGUGCAGAAACUAGUCGACGCUACAGCUGAGAUUAAAACCCUCACAGCAACAGCCCAAGACAGCUUCUCCAAAGCCGCCGAGAACCACCGCGGCCAGUUGCAACAAGCGCUACUAGUCCACACGCGCGACCUAGAACACUUCAUCAACUUGUUCGUAUCCGCGUUAUGGGCGCACACGCAUCGGAUGAAGGACGUAGAGAUAGCUAAAGACAUUGAGAAGUUUGUGGAGGAGUGGUACCCGUCGGCAGCGAGUCGCGUGGCCGCUUUACGCAGCGUGCAGGCGGCGGCGGCGGCGAACGCACGCGGAACAGAAACGGAACGCAGCGCCGCCGCCCGCCGCCGCCGGAACGCACGCCGCGCCGCCGCCGCUGCUCGAGCGAGUCGCGCGCAGGCUUGCAUCCAGGAAAUCGAAGCUGAAAAAGAAGAAAUUCAGAAACGUUUAUCAAAACAACUAGCCGAAAUAGAAACAGAACGACAGGAGACCGAGUCCCGUCUCAACCAGUGGAUGGAAGAAGAGAGAAGACUGCUAGAAGAACGCCUGGCGCGCCACGUGGCCGCCGAGAAGAAAGCGCUAGAAGACCGACUGAGCAGGAAAGUUCUAGAAAUCGAACAGGAAAAGAAUCUUCUAGAAGAGAGGAUAAACAGACAUGUGAUGUGGCAGCAGAGUCAGUUGGAAGCGACCAAAGAAGACAUGGACAGUGCCGAUCAAGCUUUAGAAGAACAGGACAGUGAGAAGGAACAGGCCGAGAAGAAUCUGAGCAAGUUCGUCAACGAGUUCAAUGCCUUGGCGAGCGAGGUGCAGUCCGACAUGGAAUGGUUCAGUGGCGCGGUGGUGGCACGCGUGGCCACCGCCACGGAACACUUCAUCCGCUUCCAGGAAGAAAACGCAUAUAAGAUUGACCAAGAAGUAAAGCAACUGGUGCAGACUGACAAGGAAUCCACCGCUAAGCUGACUGCCGACAGCGACCAAACGCUCGCCGCCGUCACGCGCGGCACACAACAGACGCUGGCUUCCGUCGUGGAGGUUGCCGAGAAACACAACAACCUAACAGCCGACGAACUGAAUUCGCUAGCCGCCUCGCUCUCCCAGCUGACGUCAUCAUCCACCGCGCACUUGGCUGCGCAAACGCGGACCUUGGAGGCUGUGCAGCACGAGGCUGUUGGCUUCGGGGCUUCACUACGAAGUGCGCUGGACAGGCAUCAGCAGUUAGAGGCCAGAUACCUCAUGCAGGAGUAUAGGGUGUACUCGCCUACAGGCAAGACCCCAUCUCGCACGGAGUACAAAUACCCGCGCGCGCUGAGCGCCACGUCUCCACACGAGCGGAUCCUGGCGCGCUUCCGAGCGAUGCGGGAAAACGUCAACGAGGAGGAAUGCGUAGUAAUAGAGUCGGCGGAGGCGAGCGACGCCGAAUCCUCAGCAUCAGAGGACUCGGGCGCGGUGUUCGCAGCGCCUUCGCCAACGGAGCACGCGCCUAUUGUCAAGUGCACUUCUGAGACAGACAUCUAUGUUAGGAGGAAACAACAAGAGCAGCAAGGCAAAGAGAACGCAGACCGCUCGAUGCAGUACAAGAAGCCUUCCAAACUACCCGCACCUGCUUCUCAUAAGAAACCCUUAGUAGACCGCAACGCGACGCGCGACUGAUGCCACUUGUGAGUUUGUGUACUUCAUGUAUUUUCGUUUCUAUAGCAAUGAUUUAUAUUUCAUACUCGCUGUGUCCGCGACUUCGUACGUGUGAUUAAAUUUUCCAAUUAUCCGCGCAAUUUUCUUAUAUUUUUCUUUCAUAAGAACCUUCCUCUGACAAAUAAAUAAAUUCCCUGGUUUUCCUAAAUAGAUAAACAAACAACAGAAAAGAAUUAGCAAAAUCGGUCCAGACGUUAACGCGUGAUGCCGUGACCAAUGAAAAUAGGAAUAUUUUUUUUAUCAUCCAUCAAUUAACAUUUCUUUAGGCAACAACAGCCCAGCGGUGUUAUAGGUAUAGUUUUCAACUCAGUCAGUACCUGAGGUAUAGUUCCAAAAUACUGAACUGUCCUAUCCAUGACAUUGACAGUGGGGCGCCACCGUCAAUACCGGAUCGCUGGUUCUGAUUUUUGCCAUGUUGGAAACCAUAAUAGUUGAACGAUGGUAGCGCCCCCUGUCAUUGAGUUUGGUGGGACAGUUCAGCGUGGGUCAUCUAUAUAGGAGCGGCGCGGGACGGGUGACAUUGACAAAUUAUGACGUGACAGAGCAUAUUAAUCUGAAAGAGAUCUGAGGUGGAAUUGUGUAAAGCAAUCGCAAUCAUUUCACAGUUCAUAACGUACGAUAAAGUCAGUUAAACAAAGCGUUUGACAGAAUAAUCGUACGUUAUGAACUGUCAAAUGAUAACGAUUGCUUUACACAAUUCCACCUCAGAUGUCGUUCGCUUACGUUUGGCAUUACAAAAACAUCCUCACUAGCCGCUCUCAUACCUUAGGCACUGACUGAGUUGGCUGGUUUUAGAGUCACGCUGACCGUCGGCGCUGACAGCCGAAAUGUAUGAAGCGUCGGCGCCGAGCGAUCAGCGUCACUCAGGAGCGCUCCCUUCAAUUACAUACAUAUUGAUCUGUCAGCGCCGACGAUCAGCGAGCGGUCAGCGCUUCUAAACCACCUUAAGAGUUAGACCUAUAGUAAAUAUAUUUAUCGAUAAAAUCACGACCAUGACCCAGCAGAAUUGUAAUUUGAAAUGACUUAAAAGCCCAAUCACCUCCAUUAGAUUUAUUUGAAGCGGGGCUUCAAAAGUUGACAACAGAAUUUGUGUAUUCGACGCAGUUAUCUCAUUUGAAAGUUUAUGGGAUGAAUGUUGCUAUUUCAUGUAAAAAGUACUGAACGGAUUUUGAUGAAACUUUACAGUAUUAUAGUCAUCAGAACUACAUACAAAUAGGCUAUAAUUGAUAACUAAUAUAAUCAAGUUAAUUGGCUAAUUUACAACGAUAGGUCGUACUUUCUGUGACAAGCAUGGUAUGUCAUGCAGGCGAUUAGUAGCUAAAGCCCGGUCGCCGAGCACGUAGAAUUUCGUCCAAUGACCCCAAGCUUCAACUGAUGAAUGAGAAAUACAAUUCAUACAAAGGACAUGAAAGUAAAUGAAGUACAUUAAACUUAGUUUCAAUUGUCUAAAAUAUAUUAAAUCUUAUACUGUCUUUUAUUAGCUAUACGAGAAUGAUGUCAAAUUGUUGAUACAGGCUACGACUGUAUUUUAGGUAUAUUGUAAUUUUUUACUAUAGUAUAGUAUUAUCGAAUAAUUAGAAUUAUGAUUUUGGUUAAAAUAUUAUACUUUUAUACUGUCGUACAAAAAGUUAAGUUAGAUUAUGUGCAUAUUUGAUAAUUGUAUGUUUUUAUAUCACAAACUAAAAUAUUGUUUAGCUUCUUAGAUUAUUAUUAUAUUAUACAUUUAGGAUAGUCUAAUUUUUAUCUGCAUAUCGUGGUCAGUUCAACAUUAACUACCGCAAAAACUAUCAAUUUUAAGACAUUCGUCAGCAAAAAUUAUGGUUUUGCAACAACUUAUUGAAUAUUUAGUAAAAUCUUCCAAUUUUCUAUUAUUUUUAUCAAAAAAGUAUUUCAGUCUGUCUUCGUGACUACUUUCAAUAGUAUUUCUGUAUGUAUCUUUGAAUGUUUCUCUUUAUUAUUAAGGUAUGAAUAUAAUCUAUCUUUACUUUAGAUUUAUAUUGUGUAUUUGAUAUACGUUUCUGAAUAAAAUAAUUAUUCGUAA